CGCCGCUCUCCUGCUCUUGUCCUCUUCUUGCGGCUUCUGUGUUGUCUGAGCGUGUCUCUGCCCAUGUGUGUGUGUGUGUGUAUUUUCGAGUGUGUGUACAUGAUUCGUUCUCUCACGUACUCCUCCGCGUAUGAUUGCCCGAAAGCAAAUAAUUGGAAAAUAUCCUGCCAAAUUAAAUCCCUACGCCAGUAGUCCGGCUUGUUGCUGUCUAUGGUUUAUUGCCAAUUUGGAGCGUGGCAUUGUGUACAACCGGACCGGAACAGGAUCCCACCCCCCCAAACCGGCGCUGAAUUAUCAGCAUAACAUGGAUGUACAAGUCAAGCGUAGAGAUUAGCCGAAUCCUUUGAAUUUUAAAUUCAAAAUCCUAAUUUAAUUUAGUGUAGUAGCGUAGCCUAGCCCCCAUUACUUGUGGUUCCAAGCCACAACGCGCAAUCACAAGAGAAAUCACAGAUAAACAGAAAAAACCCAAAAACAUUGAAUCCCAAAGCUACGAACGAGAAUAUUGAAAACGCCAGGGCUUAAUCAUGACUACGGAUACCCGCCGACGCGUCAAGUUGUACGCACUGAAUGCGGAGCGGCAGUGGGACGAUCGCGGCACGGGACAUGUCUCCUCGACAUACGUCGACCGAUUAAAAGAUCUUGCAGGUAUCUCGCUGCUGGUGCGCGCCGAAUCGGAUGGAUCGCUGCUGUUGGAGAGCAAAAUACAACCGGAUACGGCAUACCAAAAACAGCAGGACACGUUGAUUGUCUGGUCCGAAGGCGAUAAUUUUGAUCUGGCUCUGAGUUUUCAGGAAAAGGCUGGUUGUGAUGAGAUUUGGGAGAAAAUAUGUCAGGUCCAGGGCAAAGAUCCUUCGGUGGAGAUUACACAGGAUAUUGUGGAAGAGUCGGAGGAUGAACGCUUUGAGGACAUGUCGGACACAGCGCCACCCAUCGAGCUGCCCCCGUGCGAGCUAUCACGGCUCGAGGACAUAUCGGAGACAAUUCAGAGCUGUCUCUCCACACCGUUGCGCAAGGAGAAGCUGUCGAUGGCCCUGGAGUCGGAGAACUACAUCAAGAAGCUGCUGAACCUGUUCCAUGUGUGCGAGGAUCUGGACAACACCGAGGGGCUGCAUCAUCUGUUCGAAAUAUUCAAGAACAUCUUCUUGCUGAACAAGAAUGCCCUCUUCGAGAUAAUGUUCGCCGAUGACACCAUCUUCGAUGUGGUCGGCUGUCUCGAGUACGAUCCCAGUGUGGCCCAGCCGAAGAAGCAUCGCCAUUACUUGAAGCAGUGGGCAAAGUUCCGCGAGGCUGUUCCCAUCAAGAACCAGGACCUGCUGGCCAAAAUCCAUCAGACGUUUCGUGUGCAGUACAUACAGGACAUCAUUCUACCCACGCCGUCGGUUUUCGUCGAGGACAACAUGCUGAACACGCUCUCCAGCUUUAUAUUCUUCAAUAAGGUGGAGAUUGUCACAAUGAUUCAGGACGACGAGCGAUUCCUGCUUGACGUUUUUGCCGUGCUCACGGAUCCGGCCACUGGCGACGCCAAGCGCCGCGACACGGUCCUCUUUCUGAAGGAGUUCUGCAACUUUGCCCAAAACUUGCAGCCCCAGGGCAAGGACUCGUUCUACAAGACGCUCACCUGCCUGGGCAUAUUGCAGGCGUUGGAGCUGACGCUGGUCAUGAACGACAAGAAAACCAAGUCGGCCUCCAUCGACAUACUGACGGCAAUUGUGGAGUUUUCGCCGCUGGUUGUGCGCAACUACACUCUGAACCAGGUCAACCGGCCGGAGGGCGAGCGCAUGCUGCUGAACAUUGCCAUCGAACAAAUGUUGAAUGACUCGGAGCCGGAGCUGGGGAUUGCGGUGCAGUUGAUGGGGAUCGUUAAGAUCCUGCUAGAGCCGGAGAACAUGCUCACCGAGAAGGGCGAUUUUCUCAAUUUCUUCUACAAAUACAGUGUUCAGACUUUAGUUGCUCCGCUGAUUGUCAAUACGCUGGGCGACCGUCCGCAAAACGAAGAUUAUCAGACUGCACAGCUGCUUGGCAUCGUUUUGGACAUUCUGUCGUUCUGCGUGGAGCAUCAUAGCUACCACAUUAAGAAUUUCUUAUUGCAAAAGGAUCUCCUCAAGAAAAUUCUGGUGCUGAUGAAGAGCUCACACACGUUCCUUGUACUCGGCGCCCUGCGGCUGCUGCGCAAGAUAAUUGCACUCAAAGAUGAGUUCUACAACAGACACAUUGUCAAGUGCAAUUUAUUUGCGCCGGUUGUGGAUGCCUUUAUUCGUAACAAUGGCCGCUACAAUCUAUUGGAGUCGGCCAUUCUGGAGUUGUUUGAGUUUAUAAAACUCGAGGAUAUACGCACCCUGUGCGUUUAUUUCGUGGAGAACUUUAGCAAGAUAUUUGAUGAAAUCGAAUAUGUGCAGACAUUCAAAUAUUUAAAGAAUCGCUACGAUCAGUACCAGGAUCGACUCAAGGAUCGCGACAAGAUGGAAAAUCGUACAGAUGGUGGCCUGCCGAUCAUACGCAGUGGUGGACGGUUUCGUAGGGAUCAGCGUCAAAUGGAAGAGGAGGAAGAGAUGUGGUUCAAUGAAGAGGAUGAUUUCACCGAGGAAAUCGAUACAUACAACAAUGUCAUCAAAUCCGUCAGCGAAAAGAAUGGCCCGCAAAACCAAUCACCGCAGCAGAAAUCUUCUCCGCCGCACAGUACGUCACCCCACAGCGGUUUACUGGGUAAUCUGAAUUCCACAGCGACUGCCACAGCCACAGCCACUGCAACUGCUACUGCCACAUCAGCAUCAGCAGCUGGUGCUGGUGCUCCCGUGGCCAGUGGAAGCAGCAGCCCAGAGGCGGGCAUUGUCGAUGAGCAGGCCCAGGCUGCAGUGCAUCUGGCCGCGGCUGCCAACAUUGCACUGCAGCAUCACCAACAACAGCAACAACAGCAGCAGAACCCAUUCCAGCAACAGCAGACACAGCCUGAGAUCGCCGAACUGCACCAGCAGUUGAGCGGUGUGGAGACGCCGCAGAAUCAGGAGUUGGCGCUAUCGCCAUCGCCUACAGAUAACGCCUCUUCAUCAUCGUCGUCGUCAUCAUCAUCAUCAUCAUCGCUUGAAGCGUCCACGUCCUCUUCGGCGUCCUCAUCCUCAUCUUCAUCGUCACCGCCGAGUACGUCGGCAGCCGCUUCUCAUUGCGAUUCGGCGACAGUAGCUCAGGUUGUGGCCAGUCAGUUUUUAACGAUCGCGAUCGCCGCGUCCGUGACAGCGGCAGCUACAUCGGCUGCCCCCAAUCUGGCCCCAGCACCGAUUGUGGCCGAUCCCGAUAUCGAGUCCGCCGACUCACAGCCGCCUCCUGGCACCACAAGCGAGCUCGAUGGCCUUCUCGUCCAGGCUGUGGCGGAGAAAGAAUUGGUGGCAUCCAGCAUCGACGCAAGCACAGACUCGGCGAAUAGCGAAACGGACAAGUCGACGACCAAGAAGGGCCUGGUCGAUUAUGAGAGCGACUCCGGGGAGGAUGAUGACGAGGAGGACGAGGACGACUCUGAUGGGCCACAAGCACAAAAACGCGCGCGUCUGGCAUAGUUGACAGAUGCUGAGCAGCAGGGUGGCAUCAAUUAUAAAUUAGUACACACAUAACCCACACCUACACCCACACUAACACACACACACCAACACCAACGAACAGAACGUAGGGAAGGAGGCGGAGGAGGAGCCGAGCGAGCCAAGCCGACCAGGAGGUCGUCGAGCAUCGAUGGUCAACCAGCUUGUUAAUGCAUUUUUGCGGCAACGACAGGCACAGCAGAUGAGAUGGGAGACGGGAGAUAGCGGUACGAUGUAAGAUCGAACAAGAAAACAUAAAGUUAAAUUUUAGCAUAAAAAUUUAUUUGAAAGGAAAGCGAACACCUAAAAGUAAAACAAGAAAUUAUAAAUCUUACUUUACUAAAUUAAAUCUAAACAAACAAAACAAAAACAAAAUAUAUAUAUAUAUAUGUAUAGAUAUAAAAAUAUAUACAUAUAUAUAUAUAUAUAAAAAUAUAUAUACAUAUAUAUUCAAAUAUAUAUGCAUAUGAAAAUACAAUUAACUAUGUAUGUGUGUCCAGCCGCACAUAACCGAACACCGAUCAGCGAUCAGCGAGCGAUCCAGGCAUCCCCACAGCAUAUGCUACGUGCUCUGUUGUGUGCGUUUUGUUUUUUGAAAUGUUGGAAAAGCAUUAACGACGAAACCAAAAUAAACAUGUAUUUAGUAGUAAAACAGAGACACUUGCAACACACACACACUCACACGCAGGAGGAGCAGGAUGAGGAUGUGGAUAAUGAGUGGUUAGAUUAGAGCAGAUCCCUUAAACAGAUCCUGUGAAGUUGGCUGGUGGGCUGGUGGCUGGAAUGUUGUGGAGAAACUUAAAAAUUUUGUGCAAUAUUUGGAUAAUAAUUUGUGGUAUUUCAAAGACAAUUGCAAUACGUAUUUUGCCUAUAUCCGUAGUUAUAUUUUAGAGUUAAUUUCCAUUACCAUUUUACCUAUCUAACAAGACAGGACAGGUGUCUCCCUGCCAAUCGCAGUUCUAUACAUAUGUAUAUUAAAGCGCUGUCUACGCAACAGCCGACAGCUACAGUAAACAAAUCUUGGGUGCAAGGUCCAGGUCCCCCCCUGAGGCUUAUCUCAUUGAAUUUGUAAUACGAGCACAGAUCGGGUAGACAGCACUGUAAUGUGUUCAAGCAGAGUAAAAAUAUACACAUACAUAUUUACUUGUAAGAAAUGUGUGUUAAUUUUUUAAUGGCAAACUAGCGGAGAAAUUAAAUAUAUACAUUCAUAUAUAUAUAUAUAUAUUCCGUUUAAGACAAGACUAUUCACGUACAGUGAGCAAUUGUUUUGUAAAUACCAGCAAGUGUGCCCCUGCCCCCCCAGCGGCCCAGCCAGCUUGACAAUUUCUGUUCAUGCAAGUUAGAAGUAUCAAACAUUUGGAAAGGCGAUCCAACAACCCAUACAUACACUCUGACCCAAUGAACCAUGUAUAUAAUUUAGUCAGCCUCUAUAUCGAAUUAGACGAUAAUUGUUCUUCUUGCACCCACUCGCGACAGUUACAGAGCAACAGCAACAUAAGGACUAGCAAUUGAGAAUGGUCUCGUACAGAUUGAAAGAUGGAUUUGUGUAGAAACAAUCUCUCUCUCUUUGUUGUACAUGGAACCAUGUCGAAGGCCAGACGCUUGUCUGACUGUGUAAUUAAUCAGUUGUUGCGUUACCUUUGAACCAUUAUCGAACACACACACACAAGCAAACACACAUACACACACACACAAAUCAUUGACAGCAAGCAAGAAAAAAGUAACUAAUUAUAAUUGAUUACAAAUAGAACGUAAAUUAUAAAACAAGUGGGGGGAAACAAACAAACAAACAAACAAACAAAUAACAAUAAAUUACAAAUAAAAUAGUCUUCUUACGUUUUCCAUGUAAGUUCUUUUCAUAUUAAAUAUACAAAAAACACAUAAUUUGUAUUAAACGAAAUGUAGUGGGAGGCGGCGGCACAUACCAGAGUACCCAGACCCAAACCCCAAUCCAGCUGCAGCUCCAGCCUCAGUCCCUAUCCUGCCUGAUUCACUCACACCAUAUCCCCCAAGACACUGACUGACGUUUCGCCCUCGAUCGCCAGAAGUAAUAAAGUUAUUUGUUAAUAAUCGUA